GUCGUGCCAAGCGAAGCUAGUCGAGCAUCACCGCCCUCUUCUUUCUAUCUUCUGUCUUUUCUGUCCCUCCGUCGCAUUUCUGUGUUUUUUCGACCUUCACCGAAUGCAAAAGGCGCCUUCCUUCCUUUCCCCACAUUUCUUCUUCGAGCGCGAAGCGUUUUUUCUUCAUAUUUUUGUUUUUGCAAGCCACCCGUAACGCGACAGGAAGAAAAGAAAAAAAAAACACCACCACAACAACAACAACAACAACCACAACAAAACAACCUUGCGUCCAUAUCCAGCGGCGCCUAUUUUGACAGCCUAUGUGUUACCGAUUUGGCCGUCGUUCUCCGCGUUUUCUUCCCACCCUCGUUCGCGUUUUAGGUGGACGGCGAGCUCCCAUGCUGCUUUGCGCACCGCGCGACAACAGCUCACCUUUGCAGGACAACCUUCCUCUUCCUCCUCCUCCUCUUCCUCCGAAAGCAUCAGCGGCCUUAUCCUAAAUCCGUCCUCCCCUCGGCCGCCCUCGGACCCACCCUCAUUCUCCUGUCCGCCCCCCACCCUCGCGCCCAGCUGUGGCCCUCACAGGGCGCGACCGCUGGCGCUCACCUGGAAGGUCCUUGGCCUCAGGACGACUGCCAGCACCAGCACCAGCACCUUUCCUACAUGAGGGACAAGGCCACACAGACCCCCAGGGCCUGGGCAGAUGAGAGGAGGCGAGGCUCUCACAAGCGUUCGGCCUCCUGCGGGAGCACCGACCAGCUCAAGGAGAUCGCCAAGCUGCGUCAGCAACUCCAGCGCAGCAAGCGGAGCAGCCGUCAUCGGAGGGACAAAGAGCGCAAGUCGCCCUUCAAUGGCAGCCAUACCAUCAUGCAGUCACAGGCACCCAUGCCCAAGACCAUUCUGAUACCCAUCCCCAUAUCCAAGUCAUCCGCUCCUCGCUUCCGCAACAGUGUGGAGGGUCUCAACCAGGAGAUCGAACGCAUCAUCAUCCGAGACACCCCUGAGAAGGAUGAGACCAUUGUUCCGCAGGACGUCCCCGACGGGCACCGUGCGCCACCGCCCCUCCCCCCGCAGCGCAGCAGCAGCACCCGCAGCAUCGACACGCAGACCCCCUCGGGGGGCGGCCUGAGCGGGAGCCACAGCAACAGCAGCAGCCGCCCCGACUCCAUCUCGCCGUCCUACCUCACCGUCCUCACCGACGCGGUCGGCGGUGGCAGCCCCUUUGACGACAAAGAGCUGGGCCCCUGCUCCCCGCUGCCAAAAUACGCCGCCUCUCCGCGGCCUAACAACAGUUACACAUUCAAGAGAGAACCUCCAGAGGGCUGCGAGAAAGUCAAAGUGUCUGAGGAGUCCCUGCCCAAAACUCUGCAGGAGGUCCCGCCCUUCCUGUGUCCCGACCGCAACAAGGUCAACUUCAUCCCCAACAGCGGCUCCGCCUUCUGCCUCGUCAGCAUCCUCAAACCCCUGCUUCCGGCCCCAGACCUUAACUUUCGCCCCGGGGUGGGCCUGCGCAGUCUGUCCCCGUCGCUGGUGCCUCUGUCCACCCAGCCCUGCCUCCUGGAGGAGCCCGAGAGCUUCUGACGAGCACCUUAAACACCUUAAAGCUCUGGAAAAAGAAAAAAAAAAAAGGCCUUCAGCAUGCUAGCCCUCUGAUGUCUUUGUUCAAACAACGCUUCCCACUGCCUCACCUCCUUUUCCUCCGCCUCCGUACAACCGAUCUCAUUGCUGUCUUAUUUGAUUCGUAUUGUCUUGAAAGGAAAAGGGCAUCAUUUUUUUUCACUGUAUAUGAUACCAUGACGCCUUUCCACAGACAUAUCUUUUUUUGUAUCUCGAUCUAUUUCUUUCUAUAAAAUAUGCCUUCCACUACAAAAGGCCAUGGUGCUGCCAGAUUGUAGCAAAACUUGAAGGGGGAAAAGUUGUGCCUGAUAUUUUCGAUGACAGUACUCCAUUUCCAAAAUGAUGUAGCACCUCCACCUUUCCGCUGAAGUUCCAAGGGGGCGGUGCCAACGAGAUUCAUACAUCGGUAUUAAAAGGCCAAAGCUAACUUGAAGCUGUGCAACAUUAGUCUGUGCCACCCUCUCCUUUUUCAACUUUGUGGCUAUGCACUGGAUAUAAAAAUUCUACACACCCCUCUUAAAAAAAAUAAGACCCAGAUAAAUUAUUUGAAAACCUUUUCCACCAUUAAUGUGGCCUAUAACCUGUGCAACUCAAUUGAAUUGAGUUUUUUUCAAAAGUGGAAGGGGAAAAAAACAAUAACUGAAAGAAUGUGGUUGUAAAAAUGUGCACACCCACUGAUAGCUGGGGUGUGGCUGUGUUCAGAAUUAACUCGUCAAACUCAAACUCAUUUUAAGUGCGUCUUAUUAAGCCCAAAUAAAGUUUAGCUAUUAUAGAAGCCUAAAGAUUUUUGCGUUAACGCUGACAGCUAUUUCGACCCAUGAACACAACGCUGCUUAUCACCAAAAGAAGACCGUACCUACAGUGUAGCAGGGUGGGGGCAGCAACAUGCUUUGCGGUUGUUUUUCUUCAGUUGGGCCUGAGGCCUUAGACAAGGUGGAAGCAAUUAUGAACACUUGAACAAAAAAGCAGUCACUGUUAGCACAGAACCAUCAGUCUUCUCAUAAAAAAGCCAAAACAAAUGUCAGGAAAAGCCUACGACAACAUCUGAACUUUAUUUGGUGUUAAUAAGAAGCACUUUAAAUGGUGGCAUUGUGUGCUGACUCGCAUUUAACUUGUUUGAAUGUUCUUUAUUAAUUCUGAAAACAGCCACAUUCUGGUAUAAGAGUGUGUGUACACUUGUCCAACAACAUUAUUUCAGUUAUUUUGUCUUGCCCUCCUGACUUAUUAUUUUUUAUUUGUACAUGUUUCUCAUCACAUUAAUGGUGGAAGAAGGUUUGAACAGGGGUGUGUAGACAUUUUAUAUUUACCGUACCUCCCUGCCUAUCUCCAACCCCUCUCUCUUGGGUCUGCUCGUGACAUCCGAGUCCAACGAGUCCGUCUCCACCGUGUCCACCCACACCACAUUCUUGUCGUGCAGACGGCAGUGGGUACCAUGGCAAUGAACAAACACCUUGAACUGAGACUGACAAGAUACAUUUUCGGACAGUUCCUCGUCAUCAGCAAAUGACUGCAGCUUCCGAAAAAACUGCAGAACACACAAAGAACCAAAUUUAUGAUGAUCUUAUGACACUACUAUUUGUAAUAUUUUGAGAGAACCUCAGCCCUCCAUGCUACAUGUGCCAUAGGAAUGUACUGGGAUGUAAAUAUAUGCCGUAUUGUAUCAGCUGACAUAGACAUAUAUCUGAUGGGAGUGAACAACUGUACACACCCACUCACACACAUAUACUGUAUGUCAACCCCGCCCCUAUCAUCUAAUUGGGCCACUGAGUACUGUGAAUUACAUGUUAUCAUUAUUGUGAAUAGUAAUGUAUUUAUUUAUCAAAUUAAGACUAGACAAUGUCAUCAUCCAUCUCAGGUUGUGGUGAAAAGGGGUGCACGCCAAGCCACAGCUGCAAAGUGUGUCAACGCCUCACAGUCAACACUCAAUGAUGGGAACAUGUAGCAGACAAGCAGUGCACUGAAAGAUGAUCAGCAACCUGAUUUGGAUUUUUCUUUUAAGAUUUUUUGUUUGUUUGUUUUUUUAUCAAGCAAGAAAUAA